AGAGAAACCGAUCUGUCUACGGAAUUUGGUCAGCCAUAUGAAUGGUAUAACACAAGUGACAACAGAUAAUAUAUUUUUAUGAAAACUGAAAUAAUUGAAAAGGAAAUUAUUUAAUUAAUAUCACCGGCUUUUGGUGGAAAUGAUGUAGAAAUUUCUUACAAAAAUGGGGGAUAUUAAAAAAAGAAAUAAAAUAAAUACCAAAAGUGCAAAUAUUGAGAAAAAUGACAAUGAAAAAUCGGUUGAAAAAGUAUCCAUUAAUAAAGGUUUACCACUAAGAAUUCUCUCACGAUCAGUUGUAAUUGUUUCUUUGCUUAUUGUUGUUUAUUAUUCAUCUAAAAACAAUGUUCAAACUUUUGCAAAACAAUCUGAGUUGCUACCAGGUAAAGGACAAAUUGUUGAAUGUUCCCCUGAAUAUGUAAAAGAUAUAGACAAAUAUGAAGGUUGUGCGCCUAAAUACUGCAAAAGAUUUGUUACUGAUAAAGUAAUUUCUGUGAGAGAAACUGAAGAGUUGUUGAAGCUAGCCCAAAAAGGUUUAAAGUAUGGAGGUUCUUUUGGUGGUGCUUCUAUAUUGGACCUACAUAGUGGAGCAUUAUCCAAAGGACAGCAUUUCGUUAAUGUUUAUAAAAUGGAUGAAAUGAAAAAUCUUUUCACACAAGAUGACUUUAACAUUUUUAAAGAUGUCAAGGAUAAAAUUAAAUACACAAUUGCACAUCAUUUUGGUGUACGGCCUGACAAAUUAUAUUUAACUCAUCCAACAUUCUUCUCAGAAAUAACAUCUAAAACUGCUUUUACGGUUCAUGAUGAAUACUGGCAUCCGCAUGUUGACAAAGAAACUUAUAAGUCCUUCCAUUAUACAACAUUACUUUAUCUUGGAGAUUAUAACAUUGACUUUAGAGGAGGUAGAUUUGUCUUCAUUGAUGAUAAAUUUAACAGUACAAUAGAACCACGGAAAGGCAGAUUAAGUAUGUUUACUAGUGGUGGUGAAAAUUUUCAUUAUGUUGAGAAAGUCACUUCAGGUGUGAGAUAUGCAAUAACAAUUUCUUUCACAUGUGAUGAAAAAUUUGCCAUUAAUGACCCUAGUCCAGCCAAUUAUUAUAAUUAGUUUUAAACAACAUUCCAAAAUUAUAAUAAAAUAGAUUUAAUAAAUAA